AUGGGAAACAUUGUUAACAAAUGUACGUCUAGAUCAAUUACUUUGCCAGACUCUGGUAUGACAGACUAUUUCGAAGACUUUGGCGAUGACAGUUCUGAUACACACCAGAAGGUAUACAAGCAUACAAUCAAUUUGCUUCAAACACAAGGAUUUACUGACAACAAUUUCAAAAUUGGAAAGCAAUUGCUCAAGAAACAACUGAUAAAUUAUAUGAAACAUCUGAUGGAACGAAAAGAACAGCUGAGUGAAUUAGAAGAAUCUUUUUUGCUUAACACUUUUCCUCGUGUUUUCACCAGAGUUCUGCAGUCUUCUAUUAUCAACAUUCUUGGAAAAAAGCAAUGCGAAUCGUAUCAACACCAUGGGUCAUUUAACGGCACUGAUCUGAAAAUAAUGAGAUCCAUCUGUAAAAUUACUCACUUUGAUGUCGACAAGUAUUGUGAGAUCAAUCAUCUCAUUGAGCCUUUAAAGUUGGCUUUUACAGCUGGCUCAUUACCAAAAGUGCUGGCGACUAUCGAGAGUAUGAAGCAACACAAUGAUGAACAAGGCCAGCUACUUAGCACGAUCGGUUACAAACUGUUGGAUAUACUGGAGUAUCUCACGAUGGUUUGCAUGAAUAAAGAAAAAAACGCCAAAACCGUAUUCGUUCACUGGAUGAACAUAUUCGAUAUACUCUUCCGUGGAACAAACGUGAAAAUAUCAAAUCGCAAAUCGAGAUUCUCAAAACAGCCACUUCCAGAAAAAAUACCAGCUAUCAAGCGCCAGAACAAAAGACGCGACAGAUCUGAUGCUGCUACAACAAAUGACAGCAUCUUAUUCCAAUGCCUUUGCCAUAACAGCCUCAGUCAGCAAGAGCCUGUAGAGAUAUCCGCCUGCAAUAUUUCGUACAAAGUGAGUGAAGACAGUGAAGAACAGCAUGCAGAGAAAGAGGCUAUUUUUCAAAACGACUCCAUCUUGAUCAAUAAGGCUAUUCUGGACAAGUUAAAGAACGAUUAUCCUGACAUUGAUGAGAGUACAUGGAAAGACGUGUAUCCUUUGGGAAUUCAUUUAUCCGAGUUUGAUGGCUAUAUUUACUCGAUUCGUCCAUACAAAGGUGUUUAUGUAGCAUCGCUGGCCUGCGAAAAUACCUUGUUUAUACCCAAAACCAUUGAAGAGUUUGAAAUCUUUUUAUAUAAAAGCCGUGUCCUGGAGAUACUGUGUAAUCUCAAGGUUGGUAUGCAAAUCAUGUAA